CUGACGCCCUGAUCGGAUUGGUGGACUACUUGCUAGCCCCGCCUACCGUUCGGAGCGCGAAUUCCGAGGCGGCUGCAGGCUGUAUUGGCGGGAGCUGUCACAGGGGAGCGCCAUGGCUGCUGGUCCGGAGCUUCAGGUGUUUUUGGCCUCAAAAGAGAAUAUUGGACUAAAAGUCUUGGAUAGCGAUUCAGACAGUGGCCAGGGGAGCUGCAGAAUGGACUCUUCUACAGACCAGAAAGAAAAUAUCGACUUUCUUGAAAAUGAAGAUUCUGACGAUGAAGUUUUGGUACUUAAAAAAUCUAAAAAUAAGAGAGUUUUUGAAGAAAGUGACAGUGACCCAGAUGGAGAUGUCAAUGCUGAUACUGCCGACAUUAAGCCAAGCCUGGACAGUGAUGAAGAAAACACAGAGAACAAAACUGCAGAUUUUGUAAAGCCACGGAGAGUUCAAGCAGCUCUCCUUGACAGUGACAAUAGUGAUUGUGAUGGCGAACGUGCAACGGAGGUGAAUGUUAUAGAGGCUAACACUGAUGAAGGUAGUCCACAGAAGAACACCUCAAUUUAUAAGCAGACUUACAAGUCUUCCAAAAAGCAAUCUGGUGCAGAAGUAAAAGAAAGGAGCAAAUCAAAACAAAGAGCAGAGAAAGACAGGAAGAAAACAGCAUCUACUAAAAAGUUAAAGGAUAAGAAUUCAAAGGCACAAAGAGAAGAGGAUCUACCUCCUUUAAAUGACAGUGGCUGCCUUUUAGCCAAUGGGGAUCUGUUUGAUAAGGAUGACGAGAGUGAUAAUCCUGAAGAGGAAUCUUUAGAUGCUAUACGUGCCAACGUGAAAAGCAAAUUUAAGAGUUAUCCUCAACUAUCUGAUGGGGAGGAUGAGGAAGAGGAGUUUGGGAAAAAAGUUGCAGAGUCUGCAAAAAAAAAGGAGAGAAAAGCAGCACGAAUGAGCAAGGAAGCUAUAAAGCAAAUGCACAGUGAGACGCAAAGACUUUUGCGAGAAUCUGCUGUGUCUCUGCCAUAUCACCUACCUCAACCUAAAAGCAUUCAUGACUUUUUCAAGCGUCGAUCAAGACCUGUUUGUCAAGGAAAUGCAAUGCAGCUGAUCAAGUCCUCAACAUACCAUCUAGAAAAUACUGAAAACAAAACAGAGAAUGAAACAAAAACAGUAGAGCCUGCAUGUUGUGACUCUGUUUCAGUACCAGAAUGUAAGGUAAAUUGUGAAGUACCUGUCCAGCAGUCGCAGGCUCCUCCCCUAUCAGAAGCUGUGAUAGAUGCUUCUGUUGAUGAAAAAUGUCCACCUGCUGAUAACAUGGAGAGCAAAGCAAUAGAAGUUAACAGUUGUGUAAAAUGUAUUUCACCUGUUGGUUCUGAAGGAGGGCAUCAAACAUUCUCUAGCCAGGAAAAUCAUGAAGAGACAAUCGAAAUGAUUCAGGAUAUUACCAAACCAGAGCGCAAUAACACAGCACAUGAUGAAGCUGAUGCAAUUCUGAGCACCUGCUCUGUUACUACUGUAUUACAAGACAAGCCCAAGCUGUCCAAACUGGAAAAACUACGGGCACUGGGAAUUAACUUGUCAGUUAAACCACGUCUCUGUCCCGAUGAUGGAUCUUUUGUAAAUUUGGAUGAGCCAAAGCCAAAUAAAGACAUUGAAGCAUUAAAGGAGCGAUUUCUUAAACACAGCUUGCACAAAUCAAAGGCUGUAACUGAGAAGAAAGUUAAUCUCAACAUUGUUCGUAAAGAGACAACUGCUGAUGGCAAAGAACUACUAAAAGCAGAUGUUGUACCUGUCACUAUAGAUGUUGAAAAGCGUGAAGAUAAAGUUCAUGGAAAACCAGGUGAGAAGCUUCUUGUACUUAAGGCAAAGCUUCAGGAGGCAAUGAAACAGAGACGCCUUGAAGAGCGUGAGAAGCGCCAGGCAUUGUAUAAUCUGGACAAUGAAAAUGGCUAUGAAAAUGAAGAGGAGGAGGAAGAAGAAAUGACUGAAUCUGAAGAGGAGGUUGAACAAGAGAAUGAAGGCAAUGUAGAGACUUCGGAGUAUCUCCUUGGAGAUGAUGAUCCUAAAGAAGAAGGUGUGGAGGAAAGUAGUAUAGCUAAAGUGACGAUCUCUGUACCCAGGUCUGUAGCAACAGAAUCGACUUUGUUGCUAUUUAAGGACAGCUCAACUAAAAUUGGUGAUUCCAUACCAGACAAGAUGGAGCAUGAUGAGGAGUGUAAAGGCAAUGACAAACACGAAGAGGAUUUUAUUUUGCCAAUGUCAAAAGAUAACAGCCACAACAGUAGCUUUGAGCUUAUUGGGUCCAUGAUUCCUUCAUAUCAGCCUCUUAACAAGAGUGGGCGAAGUUCCCUCCUUCCUGAUGUAGCAGGAUUUCGGUCACCUUCCCCAGUUACCUUCAAAGCAAACUUCCUCAGCUCUGCAUCGAAGAGCUCAGGGAAGAUGUCAGAACCAUCGCUUCCUGUGGAAGAUUCACAAGAUCUGUACAAUGCCUCACCUGAUCCUAAGGCAUCGUUUACCUGUCCUGGUGUUGACUCCCAGUUCCAUUUUUCUUUGGAGGAUGACACACAAAGCCAGUUACUGGAUGCUGAUGGGUUCCUAAACGUAGGACACAACAGGAGUAAAUACUGUUCUGCUAAGCAAAGGCUUGUAUUGGACACAAUGGAUGAGAAUGCUAUGGAUGCCAACAUGGGAGAGUUGCUGGACCUGUGCUCAGGAAACUUUAAAGGCUCCCUCUCAGACUCCAGUCAGCACAGUGAGGAUGUGUCCAAGAAAGAUGCUAUGGAUGAGCUGCUUGGAUUAUGCUCAGGGAAAUUUGUAUCACAAGCUGAUUCCUCAACACAAGAGUCCUCAGGCUUGGUUAAAGUCAACUCACAGUCACAAAAAAAGGAUCAAUUGUCUGAAGUUGCUGUGGCGUCCAACCCUGCAGAACGGGAGAACAAUGAUGAAGAGGAAGAAGAAUUUGGUGAUUUUCAGCUCCUUCCAUGUGAUGAAUCAGACAGUGAAAAGGAAGGAGAAGAUGAGGAAAGCGAAGGAGAUAAUGAUGAUGAAAGAGAUAAUGGAGACUUGGUGGAUGAUGAUGAUGAUGAGGAGGAGAUUUUAAGAAGUAAAGGAAAAAAAAGAAAGCUCAAUCUCCGGGACUUCAUGGAAAAUGAGGCAGAACUUUCUGGAAGUGAUGUAGGGAGUGGUGAUGAGGAUGAAGAUGAGGAUGAUGAAUAUGAAGAAGAUGCUUUGGAUGAAGAACUUCCUUCAGAUGAAGAGCUUCAGGACCAAGUGAACAAAAUCCACAUGAAGGUCACUAUGGAUGAAGACAAGCGCCGCUUGCGGCUGUACCAGGAGCGGUACCUGGCUGAUGGGGACCUCCACAGUGAUGGUCCAGGCAGAAUGAGAAAAUUCAGGUGGAAGAACAUUGAUAAUGCUUCUCAGAUGGACAUGUUCAACAGAUAUUCUGAACUAGAAGAUCAGGAGGCAGAGAAUGAGGAAAUGGAUGAGGCAGAGGCCAAAAGGAGGAAGGAACGAUUUGAACGAGAGCAGUGGUUACGUGAACAGUCUGAAAAUGGUAACAAGGAAGAGGAGGAGGAGAUUGGAGAAAAUAGUCAAUUCAUGAAGUUGGCAAAAAAAGUUACAGAAAAAGUGUUACAGCGGAGAGCAACCAUAGAAACUACUGAGCCAAAAAAGCAAGGCCCAAAAAAUCUAUUUGAAAUGCAGCGUCCCUUCAGUCUUCCAAAGAUGAAAACAGGUUCUCUGUUAAACAAGCCAAAAGAAGUACUUCAGAAGCUGGCAGCAAUGUCGACCCUAAAUCCUAAUGCUCCGAGAAACACAAGGAAUUUUGUCUUUCACACGCUGUCUCCACAGAAAGUAGAAAGCACUAUAGAAAAAUUGAAACCAAAGGUAAAAAGAAACAUCAGUGCUGCAACCCCUUCACCCAAACGCUUUAAGUCAGAACGCUCUAAUGUUGCCAACAGCAAAAGUCGCAGCAUCUUCCCUUUGCUGGAGAACUAACUGUCUGCAGUUUUAAAUGCCUUGUUCCGUGUUCAGUAGAACAAAGGGAAACUGAUAGCAUGUGUGGACUUUGUCAAAAUACUCAUGCAACACUGAAUGCUACUUGAGCCUGUUACUUUCUACCACAUGUUCUGUUGUCUGCAAAAUUAGUAUUUGAGAUUUUCUGAUUGGAAAUUUUUAAUGUACUUGCAUAAGUGAUGUAUAUUUGUAGUUUUCCCUAAUCUGUAAGAAAUUAGAUGCUUGGAGCAAAUACAGAAACAGACUUUAGGUACCAGUUAGCCAUAGGUUUUAGGCAGUGUAUUAGAGAUCAUUGCUAUAUAUUUGACAAUGUAUCCCAGUUUUUUCUGCCCAUGUAAUCUGCUUUAGGGUAUGUUCACACGUACAGCAUCUGCUGCAUAUUUUGUGCAGCUGAUCUUGCUACCCAAUAACUUCAGUGGUUAGUAUAAUCUGCAGCAGAAAAUAAGCACGUGACCUCCACCAUUACACAUGAUUCACAUGGGUUGCAGGCAAUCAAUUUCUUAAUUAAUUGAAGACAUCGAACACUACCAUAGCAAUCAGGAAGAAAGUGUGCAUUUUUACAUAUGUUUACGUUUGUCUGUUUUAAGCAGUGUAUAUUAUCUGAAUGUAAUUAUAUUUACUUUGUACAGUUAUUUUGUAAAUUGUUAUAAAUGUAAAUUACUUUUACAACGGAGUUGUAAAUUUAUUAAUAAAAUUGUCCUUUUAAAUUA